AUGCUUAGUUCUUUUUUUGGGAAGGUACAAAAGAGUUUAUUAGUCUUUGUACCAAGAAAGCAUGCAUUGAGCUACUGGAAUGAAGAUGAAGCCACAACCACAACUGAGCUUGCUGAUGUUGUAAUGAAAGGUUACUUUGCUGUUCUUGCAAGGAAGGGUGAAGAAACUAGAAGGUUUAUUGUUGGGUUGGAUUACUUAACUGAUCCUGCUUUUUUGGGAUUGCUUGAUGAAGCUUGGGAGGAGUAUGGUUUCAGACAAAAAGGAACUCUUGUUGUUCCGUGUCGUCCGAUAGAAUUACAGAACAUUCUAGAUGGUCGGAAAAUAUAG